AUGCUUCUGACUUAUAUCCCCCUUUCUUCCUUUCUUUCCCUAUCCCCCUUGCAUACGUCCUCUUUUCCUUUAUUUGAUUUUGCUGUUCUUCUUUUUUUCCCAUAUGUUUUUUAUUUUUUUUUCUUUUUCCCUGUUUAUCUUUUUUUGGGUUUUGCUUUCUUCUUUUUCUUCCGCCCCCUUUGCUUUCUUCUUUUUCUUCCGCCCCCUUUGCUUUCUUCUUUUCUUCCGCCCCCCUUUGCUUUUUUAUCUUUCUUUGAUUUUCUUUCUUCCGCCCCUUUCUUCUUUCUUCUUUUUCUUCCCUUUUUGCUUUUCUUCUUUUUAUUUCUUAUUAAAUUUCUUCCUCAUUUAUCUUUCUUCCUCACUUACCCCCCCCACGUUGCUUUCUUCCUCAGCUUUCUAUCCCCCCAGGCUUUCUCCCUUGCUCCCCCCCCUUUUUUUUUUGUUUUUCCCCCCCCCCCCCCUGCUUUUCUUCCCUUUUUAUCCCCCCCUGAGUUUCUUCCACUUAUUCCCUAUUCCCCACAAUCCCCCCUGAGCUUUCUUCCAAUCCCCCCAGCUUUCUUCCAUCUUAUCCCCCUUCCAUUAUCUAUCUUUCUUCCAAUUAUCCCCUCCCCAAAUUUUCUUCCUCAUUUCUGUUUGUCUUUCUGCAACUUGAUUCAGCAGCGGAGCUUUCCUGCAAGAUCCUCUGUUCCUGUAUACAAUCCUGUUAGCUGCUCCCUCCCUUUCCUACUGAUAGUGACUGAAUUCACCGAAGAUGAAGGAUUACCACAAUGGAUCUCUCUCUUUUCUCUCUUUCUUUUCUCUUUUUUUCUCUCUCUUUUCUUUCUCUUUCUCUCUCUCUUUCUCUCUUCUCUUUCUUUCUUUCUCUCUCUUUUUCUCUCUCUUUCUCUCUCUUUUCUCUCUCUCUUCUCUCUUUCUCUUUCUCUCUCUUUUCUCUCUCUUCUCUCUCUCUUUUCUCUCUCUCUCUCUCUCUUCUUCUUCUUCUCUCUCUCUCUCUCUUUCUCUCUCUUUUUCUUCUCUCUCCUCUUUUCUAACUCUCUCUCUUUUUUUUUUUUUUUCUCCAACUCCUUUGAAACCACUCAGUUUUUCUUCUGUUCUUUGUCAUUACCGUCCCUCGUGAUGCCUUUUCCCCACCCUGUUGGUGUCUGUCGUAGUGCCUUUUCCCCCACCCUGUUGGUGUCCAUUGUGGUGUUACCCCCCCACCCUGUUGGUGUCUCUCAUGGUGGCUUAACCGUUGACAUCUGUCAUGGCAACUUUUUUUCCCUGGUGACGUCUAUUAUGGUGUCUUUUUGUUCUUGCCAUCCCUCUUGGGGCCUUUUUGUCCUUGCUGUUACAAUCUCUCAUGGCAUUUUUUUUCCCUGUUGUCCAUUGUGGCGUCUUUACAGAAUUGUUGUCCUGUGUGUUUUCAAUCCUUAUUUGAAUGAUGAGUCAUGA